GUGGGUGGUCGUGUUGCGUGGUCGAGGUGGCUGAAGCUGAAGUCGAAGCCGAAGCUGCAUGCCCCUGUGCGCUGUGAGCUCUGUGCUGACCGAAAAUAUCGAUUGUCGUCUCCUCGCGUGGCAAAGGCAGCUCGACGUCACAAAGAGAGAUCCCUUCCUAGCUCACAACCUCAUGCAACUAGUAGCGACUAGCUCGACUAGCUCACUAGGUCACUAGCCAUCUUGCAAUUGCAACUACACUACUCGUACCACCACAAUCACACGAAAUAGCCAGGCAGACCAGAUCGGAACAAGAACAAAAGAGCUCGUCGGCACUCCUAAUCUCUGCGGGAAGAGCUUGAACAGCCGUCGAAAAUCUUGGCUACGACGAUCUCAUCGAGGACACGGCGACGACCCACUAUGCCACUCCUCAACCCCAAACUCGCCAGGCUACAGGCAGCCUUGCCCAGGUUCCUCAAGUUCCGACUCUCUCGUAUCCCUAUCAUCCUCCUCUUCCUCUUCUCCGGUUGGGCGUUUUAUCGAUACCUCUCGGACCCGACGAAUUUCGACAUCUUUGACGCCCUGGGGUUGUAUACCGAGGAAGACUACUACGACCCGCACCUGUAUGAAUGGCACAAGUAUCCCGGUGCUGCGAGGGCUGGAGAUCAUCAAGACCAUGCGGCUCACUCGGACGGGAAGAAGGCGGCUUCUGCUCUAGCCAAGCCGAUCGGACCGGGGAUGGACGAGAUUGGCGAACACCACUCUCAGGACGGGUACGUCAACUAUACCUCGGGUGACGGCCUUGUCCGUGGGUGGACACUAGAGGGGAGGAGCAAGAAGAACGUGGGGAAACGUCUGACGCACCCGAUCGAGGAACUCAUGAGGGACAACAAGCAGAGGUGGGAGGACCUCUUGAAGCGACAGAGCAAGAGUCUCGAGCAGGCCGUAAAGGAGUACAAGCGGAGGUAUGGCAGGUUGCCACCAAAGGGGUUCGACAAAUGGUACAAGUACUGUGUGGACAACAAUGUCAAGAUCAUCGACGAUUACGACCAAAUCAACCACGAUGUCGAGCCUUUCCUUGCACUCUCGCCCACCAUGUUCAAUGACCGUGUCAAUGAUCUCGCCGUAGCUCCCUUCACCUACCACGUCAGCAUCGGACCCGAAACCGAACCAGCGAUCUCUGGCGAACGAUCCGGAGCGACCCGUGCCAAACAGUUCCUCAACCUGGUCUCCCCGCUCGGACCCGACUUGCCUCGGAACAUCCCCAUCCACGUCUCUGAUCACGAUCUCGGGUCUUGGAUCCUCGGAUCUGAUCAGAGGGGGUUGGCGUUGAUGAGGAUUCAGUCGGUCAUGAAAAAGGAUGGAACCGGGUUGAACAAUGUCAAGUAUCUGGCUGGUGCCGAGUUGAAGAGGCUGGAGAGCAAGAACAGAAACGAGCAUCGUGGUUGGUUCUCGGCAUGUGACGAGGACUCACCAGCUCGAGGAAAGGAUCGAGCCAUGGAGAAUCGACUUCGAGAACUCGACGGUCUCCCACCUCUUCCUGAGCCUGCCACGCCGGCCUUUGUCAAGGACGUGCGACCCGGGUUCGACUGGUGCCAAAACCCAGCUACUCAAAAGCUCCACGGAACCAUGUCUUUCGAUUUCCCUCGAGACACCGUCAUGCGUCCCAUCUUUGUCCUCUCGAAACACAUGCGAAACAACGAGUUCCUCUUCCCGCCUAUGGAAGCCUACGAGAACGCUACCGACGCCACGGCUUUGAAAAAGUACAAGCCUUGGUCGGAAAAGACGGUCAACAAGAUCUUUUGGAGGGGGACAUCGACGGGUGACAGUUAUUCCAAGCGAAAGAGCGACCCGGAUUAUGAUUGGAGGCGACAACAUCGACCCAGGUUGCAUCUGAUGGCCCAGCAGGAAGAGGGAACCAAGGACGUCUGGUUGCACCGAGGUCGAGAGUGGAUCCCGGAAAACUGGGCCGUGAAAAAGUUGAACGAGCAUUAUCUCGAUGUCGGUCUUACGGGAAAGCCUCACCAGUGCAACCAAGCGGACGGGACUUGUGACGAGAUGGCAGCCGAGAUCAAAUUUGCCGACCGGGUUGCACCGGAGCAAGCCGCCCAGUACAAAUAUGUCCUCGAUGUUGACGGUAACGGCUGGAGUUCCCGUCUGCAUCGAUUGAUGACCUCGGGGAGUGUCGUCAUCAAGCAUACCAUCUUCCCGGAAUGGCAUCACGAUUGGAUGACUCCCUGGGUGCACUUUAUCCCUAUGCAAGUCGACUAUUCGGACCUGUACGACAUUGCGGCCUUUUUCAUCGGUUCACCAGAAGGCCGGGUCAAGGGUCGCGAUGACUUGGCCCAACAGAUCGCCGAGCAGGGACGAAAGUUUGCGAUGGAACAUUGGAGGUGGGAAGACAUGCAGGCAUACACCUACCGACUCUUGUUGGAGUACACCCGGCUGAUGGCCGAAGACCGAGAUGCAUGGAGCUUUGGGACCGAAUUCAUCGGUGAUGGGAUCGAGGAGGAACCGGUCGUCGCUCCUAGGGGACAGAAGCGGGCCGCUCGGGUAGAGAGGGAGCAAUAGAUCAUAUAGAUGGGGAAUUAGGGGUUUUCAUUCAGGGGGUUCAAUACAUUUACGCUAGCCUUUUACCGCAUUUGUCUUUUUCCGUAUCAGGGCAUAUAUCCAUAUAGAAUUGUAUCAUCAUGCAGGAGGUCGUGAUCGUCCUUCACUGUACCGGCGACGAGAUUGCCUUACCAUGGGAAGCAUUG